CGAGAGGACGAGAGUAAGUGACGAAGUGAGAGAGAGAGUUUGUUUCCCGUUUCGACUCUCGUUGAUAAGACGACGCAUUGUUAUUUUGCAGUACAACUAACACGAGUCGUGUCGGUUAUUGCCGGGCUAGCUAAGAACUAGUUGUUGUUAGCAGCGGUUUACAUUAGCUACACUGAAACGAGACGAGCUAUCGUCCGGCUUUUGCUCAUGCUAAUGUUAGCAGGCAGCCGCUAACAAAACUUAUCCAUCACACCUUCUACCUGCUAUUAAUGUAUUUAAGAGGCGAUAUUACUGGAUAUUAAUGUCUUCUGUCAUAAGCAGGAUGGCUCUGUUGAUCACUCUGUCUUGGAUCCCCGUUCGAUGUCUUUGAUAUUAACUGUCUGACAGUAGCUUCGUACUUGCUACACUAUACACUGAAAAGUGUAUAUUAGAAUCUCACAUUAAUAUUCAGAGCUCCAUUCAUAGCUCUUCAUUAAGAAAGUCUAGCUUUUUCUGAAAAAAUGGUUUUCUGUUUGUGUCAUGUCAAAGGAGAGAGGAGUGUCACUCAGGAGCAGUUGUGACAGAAAGGUUUAGGAUAAGUUUCUGAUUCUGCAAUUAAUCUUACCCGUAUAUUUGUCGAGAGGAUUUCUCCCACUCAAUAAUUAUAUUCCAUCAAUCAAAUAACUGGGCUGGGUGAUGAAGAACCUUUCAGUGUAUGUAACACAAAAACUAUGAAAUGGGAAUCAACACCUUUUAAGAUAAUAAACUCUGCUGCAAUUGAUUUUGUAUGCUCGUGUGUAAAAACAGAAAAUUCUACUACUGUUUUAACAGUGUCAAUUAGUUCUUUUUUUAUAAGAGCCAGUGUAGCUGAGGCAAACACAGAAGUGCAGACGUGGCUUAAGCCUCAUAGAGCUGAUUAUUGUUUCUCUAACUUUCACCUAAUUCUCCAAAACCCACAUUGCGCUGCUGCGUGAGUGAGUAGCACAAUAACAAAAAGGGGACGUGGGUGCUGCUGAACCACCAUGUUGGACGGUGGCCACUUUGUGGAGGCGCUGGGCCGCCUGGGUUAUCCCGAUGCGUCAUCGCUGAAGGCCUCCGAGUUCGACUGGCUGUUCGACUGCGCUCCGGAGAACCUUCACUUCUUGCGCUUUGUCUGUCGGUCCCUCAACCGGAACAAUGUUCUCACCCCGGAGGAGGCGCGGGCUUUCCGGGAACUGCGGAAAUCCGGCAAGCCGAUUCUGGACGAGGCCGCACUGGGCGAGGUCCUGAAAACCAUCGGCCCUUCAGACGGCAGCAGCGGAAACAUCUUGGGGCCGCCCUCCUCAUCGUCAUCCUCUGGGUUCGCGGCGGAGGGCGACGUGGCCGUAGAGGACUUGGAGGCAGAGCUCCAGGCACUGCGUAAAGAGAGGGAGCUGAAGCAGCGUCGCUACAACAGGUUGCAGGUUGCGGCCACCGCACGCGCGGAUGUUGACCUGCGACUCACCGCAGAGCUGGAGAGCGCUGCGUCUAAGCUAAAGGAGGCCAGCACUUCUGUCGGAGGUGAAAACGCUGACACCAACACUCUUUUACAAAACCUAACGGACGAGGUGAGGAAACUUGCUUCAUGUGUCCCUGCUCAGCCAGAAACCAAGCAAAAAGCCAAAAGGCCCGCUGUCCUCCUAUCUCAGAUGUCCUUGGACCCGUAUCUGCACCAAGAGGAGCUCAACACCAAAACACUAGCUGCCUUCACUCAGAGGCAUUUCUUCCAGGGAAUCUCUGACAUCGUUGAGACUUCUUCCUCUGAGCGCUUCCAGGUCCUCGACCUCAGUUCUUGUGAAGAUGGAGAGGAGGAGGAGGAGGAGGCAAAGAACAAGAGGGAAGAGCCCGAGGGAAAAGAGAGGGAGGAGCAUGUGGUGGAGCGUAGGAGGACCGAGAUGGCCAGACUUCAAUGGUCCCAUAUUGUGACCCAACACCAACUGAUGCAGGCCGAGGCAGAGGAGAAGAGUGUCGAGGCUGGGCUGGAUUGGCUCUCAGAGCAGUCGUCUCAUACCAAGAGCAUUUCCACCUCGUCCUCUCUGCAUGUGCGUGAAGUCGUGUCCAGGAAGGAGCUGCAGGCUGUGGAGGCCGAGCUGGAGGCCCUGCUCCGCGGACCAGUGCCUGCUGCCCUGAGGGAGUCUGCCAGGCUGCUUAAUGUGCCGGUGGUAAGGGGAGACCUGGCUCUGCAGCUGGCCAGGCAGGACUACUAUACCUCCAGACAGGAUCAGGUUCGUGACUACCUGCUCCGUCAGAAGGCGUCCUUUGACCUGGUCCUCCUGGCUCAGGAGAUGGAGCUGAGGAUGUGGAGGACAUGUCUGAAGCACCUGGGAGAUGUCAACAGCAGAAUGCUAAAGGAAGGCGAAGCAGCGACCCUGAGGAUCGAGUCCCUGGCGCACCCCGACCUGGCGAUCAACCCCAGGCCGAACCCCAUCAUCAGCUGCAGGGAUGUGGCCUUCAGCAGACUGCUCCAGAUCCUCGACAAAGACUCCCAUCACGGCCGCUCGGAGCCUUUUCGCACAUACGAAGCGCUGGACAAGGCUGCUCGCGACCUGGCAGGCGACCUCCGGGUGACCCGAGAAGCCCUCGCCGGCGCCGGCCGCCAGCAGCACUACACCGUCGCCCGUCUUUCCGGCGACAGCGAGGCGCUCCACCGGGCCAUGUACACAGAGCUGCAGCAGCUGGUCUUAGGGCCGCAGGUAUGUCCGACGGCCAUCAAUGAUCAGGAGCUGCUCUGCCCCAAUGCACAGGAGUUGACAGCGAAGCUCGUGGAAGCGGAGUCUCAGCUGCAGAGUUUGCAGAAUGUAAUGCAGGAAAUCAUGGGGGAGGUCAAAGCCAAGCGCUCCCAGCUGGAGCGCAACGCCCCCCUGAGGCGGGAGAGACAAUUGUACAUCUAUUUCCACCUGGAUGCCCGGCUGCUGCAGAAAAUAGUGGAAGAUCUGGAGGGCAAGGCGGUGGCAAGGAGAGGAACGCAGUAGUCAAACAUACGAGAAUGGAUGGGGAGAUUCUUUUUUUUUUUUCAAAGCCAGCUCAAACUUUUCCACAUGUAGUUUUUGUGCAAAGAGAGUCAACCUUGCUUGAAGAGAUGCUGCUUUGCGAAGUUCGUUUGAAACUUCACUUGGUUGGCAUGGAAAACAGAAAUCAAUCCCCCAAAUUGCCAUCGACUCAUCUCUGUGACGACACUCAACUCGGGGGGAAAAAAAAUUGGGUUUGCGUAAGAGCAGUCUUGCCAAUACGAUGACUGGGAUUAAUUUGAGUGUGUGUAUUUCAAAUGAAGAAUUUUACAUAAACUAUUCACAGACACAAAUAAUAGAAUUCAGUGUCAUGUGAUGGUAUAACAUUUCCUGUUUACUAUUUGUUUUCAGUCAUGAGAUAAAUAAAGUAAAAUGUUAAUCUUUA